UGCAGAAACGAUUUGCCAAUUUUGCUGUAAAGAAAUUCACCUAGACGAUAUAUUUGAUCCUCUGCGGCGUUUGGGAAAUUAUAUUUGGUGUGAAAUUAAUAACUGAACCUGGGGUCCAUAUAUUCAUAACCCACAAAUAAUAAAAAUCAAGAACAAAUUAUUUUAGGAAAAAUCAAUUAACAACAACAAAGUCUUUUGUUCAUAUAGAAACAUAGAAUUCAAUUGUCAGUAAAGAUGUCGGAACCUCAGUCGUCGCUGUUGUUGAAAAAACAAUUGGCAGAAUUAAACAAGAACCCAGUUGAAGGCUUCUCAGCCGGUUUGAUUGAUGAAAAUGACAUAUUUCGAUGGGAAGUACUUAUAAUUGGUCCUCCAGAUACAUUAUAUGAAGGUGGAUUCUUUAAAGCUCAUUUAUACUUCCCAAAAGAGUAUCCAUUGCGUCCACCACGUAUGAAGUUCGUAACAGAAAUUUGGCAUCCUAAUAUUGAAAAAAAUGGUGAUGUAUGCAUUUCGAUUCUACAUGAACCUGGUGAUGAUAAAUGGGGAUAUGAAAAGGCUUCAGAACGUUGGUUACCUGUUCAUACAGUUGAGACCAUUUUGAUAUCAGUGAUAUCGAUGCUCGCCGAUCCAAAUGAUGAGUCACCAGCUAAUGUAGAUGCUGCCAAGGAAUGGAGAGAAGCGUAUCCAGAUUUUAAGAGAAAAGUUGCACGUUGUGUCAGAAAGAGUCAGGAAGAAUGCUCGUAGAACUCGCCGUCGCCUGUAUUUGUAUAUUUAUAUUAAAAAUUUGAUACCAACAUCAAAAACAAAAAAAAAAGAAAAAUCAUAAUGAAAAACAAAACACUGAAACUUAAAAAGCAAGCAAAACUUUAUAGUUUGUUCAACUUACGCGUCGUCAAAAAGCUGCAUUUGCAAAAGGAAAAAAUAUAAAAAUUAAACUCUUCAAAUGCAUAUUUAUUUCUCUAAAUUGUCAAAGAGUUUAUUAAUAUUAUCUUUGCCUAAACCAAGAUUCCGAAAUUAUGAAAACUACAUUACCAAUUUAGGAAAUAUUCAAUAACACCAAUUUCAAUAAAUCCGUUUUUAAAUUCUUUAAACUGAA